GGCCAUGUUCGUGGCGCGCAGCAUCGCGGCGGAGCACAAGGACCUCAUCCACGAUGUGUCCUUCGACUUCCACGGCCGGAGGAUGGCCACCUGCUCCAGCGACCAGAGCGUCAAGGUCUGGGACAAAAGCGAAAGUGGAGACUGGCACUGUACUGCUAGCUGGAAAACACACAGCGGAUCUGUCUGGCGUGUAACCUGGGCCCAUCCUGAAUUUGGCCAGGUUCUGGCUUCCUGUUCUUUUGACAGAACCGCAGCAGUAUGGGAAGAAAUAGUGGGAGAGUCAAACGAUAAACUCCGAGGACAGAGUCACUGGGUUAAAAGGACCACGUUAGUGGAUAGCCGGACGUCAGUCACCGAUGUGAAAUUUGCCCCCAAGCAUAUGGGUCUCAUGUUAGCCACCUGUUCAGCAGAUGGUGUAGUGAGAAUAUACGAGGCUCCUGAUGUUAUGAAUCUCAGUCAGUGGUCCUUGCAGCAUGAAAUUUCCUGUAAACUAAGCUGCAGCUGUAUUUCUUGGAACCCUUCUAGUUCUCGUGCUCAUUCUCCCAUGAUAGCUGUAGGAAGCGAUGAUAAUAGUCCAAACGUCACAGCUAAGGUUCAGAUCUACGAGUAUAACGAGAACACCAGAAAAUACGCAAAGGCAGAAACGCUUAUGACAGUCACUGAUCCUGUACAUGACAUUGCAUUUGCUCCAAACCUGGGAAGAUCUUUUCAUAUUUUAGCGGUAGCAACCAAAGAUGUAAGAAUUUUCACUCUAAAACCAGUAAGGAAAGAACUGACUUCCUCUGGUGGACCUACAAAAUUUGAGAUUUAUUUAGUGGCUCAGUUUGAUAAUCACAACUCUCAGGUCUGGCGAGUAAGCUGGAAUAUAACGGGUACAGUGCUCGCCUCAUCUGGGGAUGAUGGGUGUGUAAGAUUAUGGAAAGCCAACUACAUGGACAAUUGGAAAUGCACUGGUAUUUUGAAAGGUAAUGGGAGCCCAGUCAGUGGGAGCUCUUCUCAACUGGGAAACUCAAAUACUUCUUUAGGUUCAAACAAUCCAAACCUACAGAAUUCCCUAAAUGGAUCAUCUGCUGGCAGGUAUUUCUUUCCCCCUCUGGAUCCCCCAAGGGCUGGAUCGAGGUGGUCCAGUUAUGCCCAGCUCCUUCCUCCUCCUCCUCCUCCUCUUCCUCCUCCUUCUCUGAUAGAGCAGUCUUGCGAUGCUGACACUGCCAACUUCCAGUAUCCUCACCCUCGCAGACGAUAUCUCUCUCAGCCUCUCAAUCCCUUACCUGAGAAUGAAGGGGUUUAAAAUACUUAUCUAAAAAUCCAAAAGGCCUUAUUCGGACGCUUGGAAAUGCUUCCAUUCCUUUCUGCUUUUUUUUAAAUUCAUUUUCUUCCAGAAGAUUUUUAACAUUCAGGUCUUUCUUGCAUGAGAGGCAAACCAAACCCAGCAUCUGGCGCCUUAAUAUGCUUGUGCUUGUGCAGCAAAGGAACAUUUGCUUCAUUGGUUGAUCCUCUUUGAUGAGAAAUGACGGCAUUAUCUGGGAAAGCCAUCCGACAUACCUGAUUUCAAAGUGCCUGGCCUGUACAUUUUUGUUUUGUACUAAAUUUGUCACGGUCUCGAGCGCCUCACGCUUUAAAUAUCAAAUUGGUUUAUAAGGCAAAGUAUCAUCUUCAAGUUCAACAUUCCUUUGGGAUGUCUUUUUAGGAACUGUUUUCAAAUUUGAAAGGUCAAUGUUGAAAUUGCUUUAAGUGGAAAAUAAACCAUUCCUGUGGAUAAUGCAGCAAAACGCUUUGGAGUAUUUGGUCUCUUUUUAAGUUGACACACAUUGCCUCAUAUAUAUUUUGCAUUUUAUAGUUUUUCCAAUAAUAAACUAUGUUUAAAAGAUAUGACUGUGCUUCGUAAAAAUGAAAUGUACCUUCCUGGAGUAUGUAGCUUUGACAGUCCAGUAAUAUUUAUGAAGCAGUGAGUGUUUUUCACCCAUUUUAGGGAUUGACGAGUAAUUUUUUAAAGGGAUUAAAAUGGAUUUAACCACAACACUGAUAAUGGAGUUUUGCAAAUCAGUAUCAAAAUAUUUUAGGCACUUUCUAAAUUCCCUAAAAAUGUUAUCUUGCAGUUGUAAGAAU